AUGAAUGAUACAUCAGAAAUCAUCAAAAAGCAUUUAACAUUAUCUCAUUAUAUUUCUGCUAAUGAAAUUACUACAUUUCAAAGAAAAUGUAUAGAUGAAAUUAGAUUUAAACUAAAAGAUACAUUAGAAUUAUAUCCAGAUUAUGAUACUGAUUUCUCAAUUCUUCGUUGGAUUAUGGGAUAUGACUAUGAUAUUAAUGUUAUUUUACCAAAAAUGAAAACUUCAAUUGAAUCAUUGGUUGCUUUAAAUAUUAAAAAUGUAAAAUGUGAAGCACCAGAAGAAAUCAAUGAAUAUAUUAGUAAACAUACACCUGCUGCAUCUUUCUUUCCUGGUGGAGUUAUGGGUUUAGAUAAAAAUGGUAAUGCUAUAAUUGUUCAACCUAUAGCUAAAGCUGUACCAAAACUAUUAGUUAAAACAGAGAAAGCAUCAUGUUUACAUUAUUUAAGUACAAUUGAAGUUGAAAUGGCAUUUAAAAUGAUAAGAGAAGAAGAAAGAAAACGCAAAAGUAAACUUGGAGCAAUGGUAAUUGUUGAUUUGGAAGGUUUUAGUACAGAUUUAUUAUAUAUGCCUGCUGUAAAAAUUUAUCUAAAUCUUUUAACAUUAUUACAAGAUUUAUUUCCUGAUUUUGCAAGAACAUUAUAUAUUAUUAAUUCUCCAAAAAUUAUUACACAACUUUUAUUGAUGGUUAAACCAGUUUUAUCAAAACAAACACGAGAAAAAAUGAAAAUUUUGGGAGACAAUUGGAAAGAUGUAUUGAAAGAAGAAUUAGGUGAAGAAAAUUUAUAUCCACAAUGGGGUGGAAAUAAAAAAAAUGUGGGAAAAUAUGGAAAAAUAAAUAUUAGACCAGGCGGUGUACCACCAGAUAAUUUAAAAUUUACAGAAGAAAGAUUAAAUAAUAAUUAUGAUUUAAAAAAUUUAGCUAAAAUUAAUAUUCCUGCUGGUUGUAUUAAGAAAAUUACAAUAAAAGCUUCCAAAGGUCAACAGCUUAUGUGGUAUUUUACAUGUGGAAAAGAUAUAGAUUUUAAGGUACUUUGUAAUGGUAAAACAGAAUGGCCAAAUUUUAGAAUUACAACAGAAUUUGUUCCAGAGUAUGGAAAUAUAGUUGCAAAAGAAAAUGGUGAAUAUGAUUUUAUUUUUGAUAAUACAUAUGGAACAUUUUUUAGUAAAAAUGUUUAUUAUAACAUUUAUGCAAAAUAG